UGAUCCGAAAAUUGAUAAAAUGAUAUAUUGACAUAAGCCCUUUUCUUCCGAAUGACAAAACAAUAUGUUAGGACGCCUAUGAACGCAGUUAUUGGCAUGUCGCGUAUCCUACUCGAGUCCGAUCUCUCUCCGGACUUGAUGGACUGCGCCGAAACGAUCGAGUCGAGCGGAAACCAGCUGAUGGCCGUCAUUGACGAUAUUCUCGAUUUCAGCAAGAUCGAUUCCGGCAAACUGAAGCUAUCUCCCGAGCCUUUGAAUCUUCCGUGGCUGCUUGAAUCCGUUUGCAAUCUUGUUUCCAUGCAAGCCGCCACAAAGGGACUCGGUCUCACGUUUGUACUCCAUCCUGAUACGCCUAUGCAAGUCCUGGGAGAUCUUGUUCGAAUCCGCCAGAUCCUGCUGAAUUUACUGAGUAACGCCAUCAAGUUUACGGAGAAGGGAAACAUUGUGGUCAAACUUGAGCCCAAACCCAAGCCAGCUCCCGGAUCAGGUGCCAGAGUUUAUGAGGACGACGAAGCCGACGAAACUGAGCAUGAAUCUUCGCAGCUGAUGCUCCACGUCGACCAAGGGUCGUCAGAGUCAGUUGUGGGUCAGGUCCGCCCUUCUAUUGCUCCGCGGUCGGGGAACAAGCAUCGCCAGUCCAUGACGAUCACCGGUCGUAGUUCAUUCCAGGAUCCUCUCAAAGAUCAUGAGCGCACCCAAGAGCAUCAAAUGGACCUCCUCUGGUCUGUCGCGGACCAAGGUUGCGGUAUCCCUGCUGAACGAAUGGAUCGUCUCUUCAAGAGUUUCUCGCAGGCGGACGACUCUGUCACCCGAAACUUUGGUGGAACGGGACUUGGCCUGGCUAUCUCCAAGAAACUAGUGGAGCUGAUGGACGGUGAAAUGUGGACAGAGUCUGAAGAAGGAGUGGGAUCCACAUUCUACUUUACAACGCUCUUAGAUUCGCCCAAGCCGGGCUCGACCGUAGCCCAGCAACUGAACCUGGCCUUCUUCAGUGACAAGACACUCUUGAUCUUUGACGACCGUCGUGUGAGCAGAACUUCAUGGUUGUAUCAAUCGUCGACGUGGGGGUUCCGAAAGGUGCUCGUCUUGAGCGUUCCCAAGGGUCUGGAUUACCUGAGGCAGAACCCUAACCAUGUGGACGUGAUCAUGAUUGAUGUCGACAAACCGCAGGCCAAGACCAACCCCGGCCUGGUGGUUCUUCAACAAGUGCGAAGUAUUCCUUAUGAUGACUCUGACAGUGAAGAAGGGAAGAAGCGACAGGAAAAGCCAGUUCCCUGUGUCUUGGUUUCGUACCAUCGCCGUAGUCAUCCUUCCACGUUCGGACCAUCAAAGGCCAACCCUUCAAGCACAGUAUCGACUGCGACGACCCAUGCGGAAGAUGCUUUUAGCUCAAUCAUCAGCGCCAGCACCAGCCGCGAAAGCCUGGCUGACAGUCUACGGAGCAAUCGCUCCAAGGAUUCGCUAUCGGUACAAAACCCGUCUGUAUAUCCCAAGACCACCUGCACGCCUAACAUCCUGAACAGCAGUAUGCUAGCGGCCAAAACUUGGAGCUCACUUAAAGAGCACUCUUCAAAUUCCUCGGAGAAGGGGGCCCCGUCUUCGCCUUCGCUGCAUCCCUCGGGUAUCGAUGCUGACCCAUCUGUGGGGCACCUGAUCAAGCCCGUCAAGCAGACCAAGCUGUUUAGCAUGUUCCACGGCUUGAUGACAGGAUCCUGGCCACUGGCACCCUCUGCUGCACCUGACCUGGAUCUUCAGGAACAUGAGCGCAAACGUCAGCUCGAGUCCUUGCAGUGUCUGCUUGUCGACGACAAUCCUGUGAACCAGAAAGUUAUUUCGAAAAUGCUGAACCGCAUAGGUAUCCAUCCGGAGCUUGCCAACAAUGGCCAGGAGGCCGUGGACAAGUGCCAGGCUCGUGCCGAAGCCGUAGCGCGGGCUCGUGAUUCUGGUGGUAACGGUGAUCUCAACGCAGGAUCGUCAAUGGUGAAGCAGUACGACAUUAUCUUUAUUGACGUCUGGAUGCCAGUCAAGGACGGUUUGGAGGCGACGAGGGAGAUUCGCGCCUCGGUGGAGGGUAUUACAGGGACAGAACCAUUCAUCAUCGCGAUGACGGCCUGUGUAAUGCCUGGAGACAGGGAGAAAUGUAUCGCUAGCGGAAUGAACGCAUAUCUCUCCAAGCCCAUCAAGAAAGAGGAGCUCUGCACGAUCCUGGAGCGGUGGCUGGAUGAUCGAGCCAAUGCUGAGCGCGAACAGAAGCUGAGUCACGAACGUAAACUGAUCCAGAAAAAGAAGCGCGAGAUGCUCAGGCGUCGAAGUAUGGCUGUCUUGGCAGGGGCUAGGGCCACAGGCGCACGGGAGUCAGUUCCGGCGACGCCAGAGGUGAUGCCUGGCAGCGACAAGUGGCCACAGGAGCAAGUCAACUUUAUGGAGGAGGACGAUGAGGAUGAGGAAGACGAAGAGGAAGAGGAUGAGGGGCUGGAUGAUUCUGAGGUGGUUAGCGAAGAAGACAGAGUCGGCGAAGAGGGUUCUCAGGGAGGCAUGAAAGGCGCGGAUGACCUGCAGCUGGUGAACAUGAGACUGGACAGUGCUAAACACAGGAAGGGCUCAUAUUCUCAUCAUCCUCGGCAGCGGAAUAGACACCAUGGUGAACUGGUGCUGAGCGACAGCGAAGGUGUCCUUAAAUGUCACGGUGGAGGAGGCGGCGGAAUGACGAUGGUCAGCAUGGCUCAGGAUGCCAGCCGUGCAGCCAGGCGUCAUUCGCAAAAGCAGAGACAGGAGCGGCGGGAGCGGAGCAAGGCGCAAAAGGAGCAGAGAAAGGAGAAGCUCAGGGAAGGCGGUCGUAGCCGCCUGGGAUCGUUCUCUGUGGACCCUACCACGGGUAUCCCGCCUUUGCUAAUCAAGGAUCCCAGAGUAAUGUCGAGCGACAAUGAUGACGACGAUGAGACUGAAGAGGAAGAAGAAGAAGAAGAAGAAGAAGAAGAGGAGGAGGAGGAGGAGGAGGAAGAUGACAAGGAGUCGUUCCGUGGAGGAGUGCAACUGGAUCGGAUCUUAUACAACGCGACAGUCGACAGUGUCAAGGCGGCAGACACGAUGGGCACGAUGAACAUGGCGAAGUCAACCCAAAUCACGACAGACUCGUCCUACACGGCACGAGCAGACACGCCCAUGUCCGAUAACGAGACUCAGGAUGCCAGCGGGGGCAUGCUCUCUGACACGUCGAGCACAGGCACCGUCCGAGGUGUGGAGCAGCGACAGUGGAGGCCGUGAAGUGGCUGGACGCAGUUUCUUUUUAAUAAUUCCUAUCGUGUAUUUUGUCCGUUUUAGUAAGGAGUGGACGAGGAUGAUUAUCAAUAUCCACCCUUUGUAUUUUUAGCUGUGCCAUACUACUUAUUAUAUGAUCAACAAAAACUUACCAAGCAUAAAGGAAAGAUGUUCUACUGAACCAUGAAUCGAUGGAUCCAAAGAAUACUGGCGCCAAGUGAUUCUGCACUGUCAAUUGAACCCGCCCAGCCAGGGCAUGCGUCUGGUCGGCUGACACACAUUUAGCACCAUGGAAUCUUUAGGUUCGGUUGUGCAUAGUAAACUGGCGUCUAGGUGUUCAAAAUAACAC